AUGGGGAAUAGCAAAUCUAUAGCUGGUGGUGAGACAGCACCUCCUGCUAAAGAGACCCGUGUGUGGUACAGAAAACUUAAAAUGCAAUAUCCAUCCGGUCUGCAAACACUGUGUGAGUUUAAGACAUGCUUGCGUCUGCAAGGUCUGAAUCAAAAAGCCAGUCAACAUGUUGAUCAAAUCUGUAAUACCGUUGACAAGAACAAAGAUGGAUUUAUUGCUGCUGUAAAUCUAGUAGUACAAGGAAAAAUGAAGCAAAAAUUAAAAUGGUAUUUUAAGCUGUAUGAUGCAGAUGGAAAUGGUUCUAUUGACAAAAGGGAACUACUGAACAUCUUCGUGGCACUACAAGCCCUCAAUGGCCAGCAAACUCUGAAUCCUGGAGAAUUUACCAACUUGGUGUUCCAUAAGAUCGAUACAAAUGAUGACAGUAAAGUAGCUACUCACCUUGGGCUCACUUUUCUUACCGAGCAUUAAAUUGACUUUAGAAGAAUUUAUCAAUGGCAUGGAAAAAGAACAGCAUCUUCUGGAGGUUGUUUCCAAGAGUUUCGACCUUUCCAAUGUACUGAAAGUAAUCUGUGA